AUGUCGGCACAAGCAGCGUCCCUCCAAGAUAGUUGCGCUGAUUGCCAAGCCCCACUACUAGACGCAGAGGUCUGCACAGUCGACGGGGUGGGUUGGAGACAACCAUACAUCGACUUCAUCCAAAAUGGAAAAUUACCCAGCGACAGGCAAACGUCUCUAAAAAUUCAAAAGAAAGCGACGCGUUUCUUCAUGCAUGAGGGGAUCCUCUACCGCAGAAGCUACAAUAACGCGGUACUAAGGCGCUUAUCAGACGAGGAGGUUGCUGAAGUAAUUACUCGGUCACACAAUACAGAACACCAAGGGAUGCGGAAUUUGUUCCUGCAGCUCUAUGAAGGCGGUUGGGCUUUAGACAUCAUAGGGCAUAUCAACCCGAUAUCCUCGAAACGCCAUAAGUACAUAAUAACCGCCAUCGAGGAUACCACGAAAUGGGUCGAAGUGAUACCUCUCAAAGACUAUGUCGGGGCGACCAUCGCAACAUUCAUCAAAGAGUGCAUCAUCUGCAUAUUUGGAGCACCCAUGAUUAUCAGGGAAGAUAAUGCAAAAUCGUUCGUAAACAAAGAUAUGAUGGAUUUGCUGCAGCAAUAUAAUGUGAGGCUUCACACGUCGACCCCCUACUAUCCUCAAGGGAAUGGGCAAGCCGAGCCGAGCAAUAAGACACUAAUCCGGGUCUUGAGAAGGAUAGUGGAAGACCAUCCCAGAGAGUGUCAUGAGCAGCUCCCGCUCGCGGUAUGGGCAUACAGAAUCUCGAAACGAAGUUCCACGGGGGUGUCACCGUAUUCUCUGGUCUAUGGGGAGGACGCGAUAUUAACGACAGAGAUUGCAAUUCCAUCCGCGAGGGUAUCAAUGGCUAGUCAUACGACUCCGGAUGAAGUAAGUCGCUUUUCCCAUUUAGACACAAUAGAAGAGAGGAGAGCCCGGGCAGAACGGUUUGCUGAGGCAUAUAGGAAGCGAACAACAUACUAUUAUAAUCAGAAUGUAAAGGAAAGGAUAUUCGAGGUAGAAGAUUUGGUCCUUAAGAUUGCUCCUCAUGUGCAAUGUAAUGCUAGCGCAGGGAAAUUCGCUGCAAACUGGGAAGGACCUUUCAGAGUAAGAAAGGUAGCAGAGAGCGGGUAUUACAAGCUCAGACGCAUGAACGGCACGAAGAUCAAGUCACCGAUCAAUGGUAAAUGGCUAAAGAAGUUUUAUGCAUGA